AUGGCCGCAAGACAAGAAGCCUCAUCGGCUCCAGGCAUCGAUGCGAGAAAGUUUUACAAGCGCUCAUGCGCGCCCGAAGUUUCGGAGCCGGUCACGGGCCUUCUGAGAGGACAGCUUCCCGCUUGGCUACAAGGGAGGCUUUUACGGAACGGGCCUGGAUUGUUUUCGUUUGGCCCCGACCACUACAACCACACAUUCGACUGCCCCGCUCUGUUGAGGGAGUUCACCAUCGAGAACGGCCAAGUGCUUUAUCGGAACCGCUUCCUGCGAAGCCAUGCGUACGUACGCAACCGGAGGGCCAACAGAAUCGUCGUUUCCGAGUUCGGAACCGUGGCGCAUCCUGACCCUUGUGCCACCGUAUUCGAGCGUCUGGCGUCGUACUUCUACCCGGACUUGUCGGACAACGCUCAGCUGAACGUGAUGCCCCUGGGCGACGAAGUGUACGCCAUGACCGAGACGUCUGAUAUGAUUCGAGUGGACCCUGCGUCGUUGGAGACUCGGGAGAAGAAAACCUUGAGCAAAAUGGUGGCUGUGCACGGUGCCACCUCCCAUCCGCUCUUGGAUCCUGACGAUGGCGCUAUGUACAACAUCGGCACGCACGUAGGCGCGCGCCUUUCCUUCGUGCUCAUUCAUUUUCUUCCCGGUGGAUCCGAAAGCUUGGUGGACCGUGUGAGAGCCGUGGGAACGAUACCGCUACAAUCUCACAUAUCCGUGCCGUACGUUCACAGUUUCGCAAUGACAGAAAAGUGGGUGGUAGUGCUGGAGCAGCCAACAUCCAUGCACCUGCCUUCCAUGUUCGCGUCGAGGUACCUGGGCUACAAGGCACUCAUAAACGCACUGCAGUUUGAUGCCAAGAAGAACGUCCGCUUUCACGUAAUGAACAAGAAGACGGGGGAGCUUCACCCCACCGUGUUUGAGUCCGCCGCAUUUUUCACGUUCCACCACAUCAACGCCUUCGAACAGGGCGACGAGCUCGUGGUCGACCUAAUAUGCUACAGCGACGACGGCAUCAUCAGGUGCCUCGACUACACGGUGGAGACUCACAUGGCAUUCAAGUUGGGCCACUUGCGCCGCUUUCUGCUGCCUCUGAAUCGAGGACCUGGCGAACGUGUCAUGAUCCAGCCGCGGGAACUAGCCAAGGACGAGCUGCGCGGGGAACUUCCGCGAAUCAACAACAACCGUAACGGAAAACCAUACAAGUAUAUUUACAGCCUCAGCAACGUCGAAGGCCAAGAACACGGGGCAUUUGUCUCCAAGCUAGAUGUCACCACGGGCAAUUGGCUGCGCUGGGAAAGGCAAGGGUGGUUCCCCUCAGAACCUGUCUUUGUAGCGCGUCCAGGCGCUGUUGAGGAAGACGAUGGUGUCGUCCUCAGCUCCCUUCUGCACGAGGAGAACGAGAAGAAGCUCGCUCUGGUGGUAUUGGACGCGAAAACACUCAAACAACUUGCUCUAGCAGAGUUUGACUGCCCGUCCUCUAUUCCAGCAGAUUUUCACGGAUGCUUUCUUGAGAAAAAGACGUAA